AUAGGGGGUCGACGAUCGGCGACAUGGAGGGCAUCGGCUGUCGCGUCGUGCGAGGACCGGACUGGAAAUGGGGCAAACAGGACGGAGGCGAGGGCCAUGUCGGCACGGUGAGAAACUUCGAGAGCGCAGAAGAGGUCGUCGUGGUGUGGGACAACGGAACGGCUGCGAACUACCGUUGUUCGGGCUCUUUCGAUCUUAGAGUGCUAGACAGCGCUCCUUCAGGUGUGAAGCAUGAUAGUACGAUGUGUGAUGGCUGUCGUAUGCAGCCACUGUUUGGGAUACGGUGGAAAUGUGCUGACUGCGAGAACUACGACUUGUGUUCGAUGUGCUAUCAUGGCGACAAGCAUAGUCUCAAGCAUCAAUUCUACAGGAUCAACAGACCACGUUCAGACGCGUUGUUGAUGGAACCACGCCGGAAAACCAAGAAACUUACAUUCAAGGGUAUUUUUCCUGGAUCAAGAGUUGUUCGAGGUGUUGACUGGCAAUGGGAAGAUCAAGAUGGCGGUCAUGGUCGUAAAGGUCGAGUGACCGAAGUUCAAGACUGGACACAGUCAAGUCCUCGUAGUGCUGCUUAUGUGAUGUGGGAUGUUGGAACCAAGAAUCUUUAUCGAGUUGGAUUUGAGGGCAUGUGUGACAUGAAAGCUGUUGUAGAUGCUAAGGGUGGUGCAUAUUUUAAAGAUCAUUUGCCACUGUUGGGUGAGCAGGGUUCCCUGACUGGUGGCAGUCUUGCCAUUGGUGAUCAGGUGAGAGUUGAUUUGGACAUUGAGAUUGUGCAGUCAUUGCAGCAAGGACAUGGUGGUUGGACAGAAGGCAUGUUAGAGACUGUCGGUGUGGUGGGAACAGUUGUAGGCAUUGAUGAGGAUCAUGACACUGUGGUAGGAUAUCCUAAUGGCAACAGAUGGACAUUCAAUCCUGCAUGUUUGACGAAAGUUUCUUCCUCAUCAACUAGUUCAACUCCACAAGCAUCUCAACAUCAUUUGACUGCUCGAACCAGUAACACUUCUGGUCCACCAUUUCUCUUCAGUGCGGCUCGUGUAGGAGCAGCAAGACAACCUGAGGCACCACCGUCUAACUUUGUCAUUGGCGAUCUGGUUCAGGUAUGUGGUGAUAUGGAGAAGAUCAAGGCCUUGCAGAGAAAUCACGGAGAGUGGGCUGACUCUAUGUUGGCGACUCUUGGUAAAAUUGGUCGAGUGCAGCACGUCUAUGAUGAUGGAGAUUUGAAAGUCGAAGUAAUGGGCAUGUCUUGGACGUAUAAUCCACUGUCUGUCUCAAAAGUGGCCACAGAGAAUGGAACAUUGUCGACCCAGGCUGGAGCAGAACCACUAUCAAUUGUGCUCAAAAAGCUAUUUGAGACUCACAUACCUGGCAAUCCAGCUGAGGAGUUGGUAAAAGCUGCAGCCACAGGCGACUUACCAUCUGUUGAAGAUGCAUUGUCCCAGCCUGGAGUAAAGGUUGAUAGCGUUGUUGCGGAAGUGUGUGCUUUACACGCAGCUUGUCAAAAUGGUCAUAAAAAUGUAGUCGAAUUUCUUAUUGCUCAUAAAGCCAAUUUGGAAUUAGAGGAUAAGGAGAGUGAUCGACCUGUUCAUCAUGCUUGCUAUGGAGAUGAACCUGAGAUUGUUGAUAUUCUAGCUGCAGCUGGAGCUGAUCUGAAUGUUCGAAAUAAGAACCGAAAAUCUCCUCUUCACAUCGCUGUUUCUCUUGGACAUAUGAGUGUAGCACGAGUUUUAUUGAAACAUAAAUGUCAUUCUAGUAGACAAGAUGGAGUUGGUGAUACACCUCUGCAUGAAGCUAUCUCUAAACGAAGAGAUGAGGCUGUCUCUUUGCUCAUGGAUUAUAAAACUGACUUAGAACUAACAAAUCACAAUGGAUUCAACCCAAUACAUCAUGCUGCACUGCGUGGCAAUGCCUCUGCUCUUCGUAUUAUGUUGUCGAAAAUGCCUCGCCUUUGGCUUGUCAAUGAGAAGAAGGAUGAUGGAUUUACGUCACUUCAUCUGUCUGCCUUGAAUAACCACAUAGAAGUGGCUGAAGUAUUACUGGAAAUGGGAAAAGCAAACAAAGAUGUACAGAAUGCGGACAUGGAAACACCAUUGCAUUUGGCUGUUGAAAGACAGCAUCAACAGAUAGUUAAGCUGUUGGUGAGAUCUGGAGCAAAGGUGAAUAUUCCUGACAAAGAUGGUGAUACUUCACUGCAUGAAGCGUUGCGUCUUCAUACUCUCAAUCAACUGAAACAGCUCACAGACAUGCAGAAUGUCGAUAAGCUGCUUGUUGGAGUUGGUGGAGCUGCUGAUAAGAAAAGCAGUGCAUCUAUGGCUAUGUUUUUGGCUGCUAAUGGAGCCGAUCUUCAUGCCCUGAAUAAGAAAAAACAGUCACCACUUGAUUUGUGUCCGGACCCAAAUCUGUGUCGUGCUCUGAAGAGAAGUGCUCAGGGAGUCUCCGAACCUCAUCAAACUGCAGCAAGCCUUGCACCUGUACCACUAAAUGAAGACCUCCAAGAAUGUAUGGUUUGCACUGAUGGCAAACGGGAUACACUGUUUGGACCAUGUGGUCAUGUUGCUUGCUGUUCCACUUGCUCUCCGCGGAUCAAGAAAUGCCUUAUUUGCAAACAGCAAGUUGUAUCGCGAUCAAAGAUUGAAGAAUGCCAUGUUUGCACAGAUAAGAAGUCGUCUGUUUUGUUCAAGCCAUGUGGGCACAUGUGUGCUUGUGACGGCUGUGCAUCACUGAUGAAGAAGUGUGUACAGUGUAGACUUUCUAUCGAGGAAGCAGUGCCGUUUCAUGUAUGCUGUGGCAGUGAAACUUUGUCAGCCGCUCAUGCUAGCUCAGGGCUACUAGACGAGGACAGUGACUACAAAGAUUUGAAGCAGCAAUUGCUAGAUAUCAAAGACCAGACUCAAUGUCCAGUGUGUAUGGAUCGUCGCAAAAAUGUUGUCUUUCUCUGUGGACAUGGCGCAUGUCAAGUGUGUGGUGAUCGUAUGGUCGAGUGUCCCAUUUGUCGGAAGCAGAUCACUCAACGUAUACUCUUGUUCUAAAUUAUUUGCGGAUCAACUAGAUGGCACACUAUGUGCUAACAGAAAGAGAGAGAGAAGUUAUUUGAAAUGUGGAAUUCCAUAGUAUCCCUUUUUUCACUAUACAAGCAGAUGGUGCUGAUCUGCUGGAUCAGACUUAUGUUCUAUAGCAUAACAUAGAGAGCAGUCACUUGCCCCUGUUUCUGUGAUAGGUUUUGUUCAAUUCUAUGUCAGUGAUUGGGUUUUUGUAGUAGGUUACUUCUAGGUAUUUAAUUAAUGAAUUGAGGAUUUGUCAACUGUC